CAUUCUCACCCUAGGAUUUGAAGGACGAGCCGCGGGCCUAGUUUACUAGGCCUCCGGUGCCAUCUGUCCGCAACACAAUGAUCAUUGCAUAACAAACCAUGGCAUUUGCCAGAUCGACCAUUUCAACCAAAUUAUCGAUGACCAAACCUACGAUACCCAGUUUUCCACCCUGGGCCAAAUUUUCAACCUCACAGAACCUUUACAUGGAAAUGCAGAUGCCGAGUUCAACUUCACUGCCAAUACGCCCCAGUCCUUGGAGAAAAUCUCCUAUGAUCGUGGCAUUCUGGAUCAUUCGUUUUCUACGUAUCCUUCCGUCGACGUUACUGAUCCAAAUGCUUGGUUGUGGGGGCCUUUAUCACCAAGCAUUGACAAUCAUCUCGCAUUUCCAUAUGAAGAACUUUACCACGGCCUCGGGUGGCCUGAUGUUGAUUCAAGAUCGGGAGUCUCACUAGCCGCGACUCCUCAAACACCAUUUUCUAUUUC